CAAUGAACUUUAACAUGCUUUUAUAUAAUACAAUGAAUAAAUCUGUGCAUCUCUUUUGUUAUAGGCCUGUGGAUAGAGAAGCGGUUGCAUAUAGGUGUCUCCGUAUCUCAGAUGGCAUUAUCAGAUCACAAAGACCCAAGACAAAGUUUCCUCUACAAACUCAGUCAGAAAAAAGGCUUGGAGCACUUCAAGAAUGUGAUUCUCGUGAGCGCGUUACAAGAUUACCUUGUUCCCUAUCACUCCGCUCGUAUUGAAAUGUGCAAAGAUGCUGUGAAGGGAGAUGAGUUAGGAGCUGUUUACAAUGAGAUGCUCCGAAACCUCCUUGAGCCUGUUCUACACAACGAGAACUGUAACUUUGUCAGAUACGACGUUAGUUUCGAUCUGGCCAAAUCAUUCUUGUCUUUCGCUGGGAUUGAAGGCCACCUCGCAUUAAUUUCAUCUUGGCAAUAUUUGGACAACUUCUUUCAAAACGCUGGCCUGAAAUAUUUUGAAUAGAAGAAAUGUGAUGCCCGACGUUGUGUAAUACUAUGGAAGUGCCAGAGACAUUGAGUUGCAGAACCUUUUCUACCUUGUUGCACAAUGGACUAAUGGUGAGAUUUAUAUCUGUUUAGAUUGUUCCAUGUAGGUUUAUAGAUAGGGCCUUAUUUAUCAAAGUCCAAUUUAUCUCAACAUUUCCAGCCGCAAACCCU